AUGAGAAUAUGUGUGCUUCAAUCCUCGUAUGAGGGUUCUGAGUCAAGCCUCCAAGAAGUAGACACGAAUUUUCCCAAUCCAGGAGCCUUCACGUCUCAACAUUCGUUCGAGAACCGAUUUAUCCACAAGAAUACGGCGAAACAGGAGAUUGAUGCGGUCAUCGCCGAACAGUUUGACUUUUACAUAAACUUUCUCUGGGGCACGUUGGAUGAUGAUGUAGCUGGAAUCCAGGCAAGUCGAUACUUGGAGUCUUUGGGAGUCCCCUCUGCCGGCCUUCGCAGCUGGGAGCGCUCGCGGUCCAAGAAUGACUUCUAUGAGAGUGCCUCUCGGCGAGGUGCGCCUCCUGUACCUGGAAAGGAGAAGUUCCCUCUGUUUGUGAAGCCGGCCAAUGGAUGCGCAAGCCAAAUGAUCGACGACCAGUCUCUUUGCCACGAUGAGGUCGAGCUUCAGAAAGCCUUGCGUCGCAUCAAUGGGCGCCUUCGGGACUCUCGACGGUGUAGAGCGAAAGUCCUGGGAAAGGAAGACCCGCAAGCGUACGUGGAUUCGUACGAUCCCGAUAGCCGUUCGAGUGACGAUAUCGUUGUCCAAGAAUACAUCGACGGCCGGGACUACCUGGUCAGUGUCAUCGCAUUCGGAGAAUCCGCCUUGGCUCUGCAGCCCUGUGUUGUCAAGAUCAGGGACACACCAAACCGAGCCAAUUUCCUUACAUUUGACAUGAAAUUCGACGACCAAACCCGGUUCGAGGUCAUUAGUCGUCAAGACAACCCUACUCUCUACGACCGUCUGCAGGAGGUGGCACUGGAGGCCUUCGAGACCGGUGGGUUUCGCCAUAGCUAUAUGGGAUGCGACGUGGACAUGCGUGUCCGGUCCAACGGCGAGGUCUUUGCCAUCGAAGUCAACCCACAGCCCGCAUGCUUCCUUCCGGACGAGACCGGCUUCGCGGACGCGCCCAUCACGGAGAGUCUUCCGGGUGGCCAUAUGGCGGUGGUGAACAUCUUCGUUGCCAAUUACUUCCUCCAGAGCGAUACUCUCCGAGAAUGGUCCAAAGUUGCCAAGAUUUACGAUGAGAUGGCCACCGACUACGAUGAGACGGUGCGGACCGUGAGCCAAAUUGAUGAUAUCAUGCGCAGGGUUACGAGAAAUUUCGAUUUCGAAGGCACAGUGAUUGACCUUGCAUGCGGAACUGGCGGGUUUGGCCGUCUGCUUGCCGAGUGCCAACCCGGACGUCAUCGCCAUCGUGAGGGCGCAGUUGUUGGCUUUGAUCUAUCGCCGGGGAUGGUGGACAGCUGUCGGACAAUGGGCUUCUAUAACGAAGUAUACGUGAGCCGCAUGCAGACUUGUCUUCUCGAGUAUGUGACCCAUACGAAAAUAGACCAUAUCGUCUGCUUCUCUGCAAUACACUUUCUCUCGCCCGAGGAAUUUGCUUUUCUCCUCGUCUCCUGCUUCGUGAUAGCGCAGAAGUCGAUCACGAUUGGAGUGGAUGAAAUUCCACAUGUAUACAACGAGAAUCUCCACAAGCGAGGCUGUUCGUUUAUGCACUCCUUCAACCACCUCCAGAACAUGGAGGCGUUUGGAAAGCCUCGCGGCUGGACUCUGGUGAGUCGGCAACGCCAAUUCGGAUGGAAUUCACCCGCCACUAAGGACGAUGUGUACACUACCACCUUCCGGUUCGAGCGAGUGGAUCCUCAGAGCAUUCACGAUGUACGCCUGGCGCGAUUCGAGUAA